GUCUGCAUGCGUGCAGUGUGCGGCGACAGAAGAUGGCCUUUCGGUUUUUACUGCUGUGUUUAGCCUGUGUGCACCUGGGGCUCACAGCUCCGUUCGGAGACGAUGGAAGAGAAAUUGUUCGCUCGAAGCGCCGGAGUCCAUCUCCUGCACCACCAACACCAUUCCCAGAGGUUCUAGUCGAUUUCUCAGUUCGUCGUCUCGGGAAGGAUUUGAUGGAGAUGUUCGACGUGCAAGAAGAUCCGUUCUGUGACGAAGGUCUGGAUGCUCCGGGCAACAUUACCAUUCACACGUUCUACCGCGACAGGCUCGAGGAUGAUGCGGAUGGAGUCGGUAACUGGACCUUUCUCCAGAGGAAUUCUGCACAAAUAGAGUUUGACAGUACACUGAACAUCAGUCUAGCAGUCCCACUGAAGGGGGAGGCUGUUCAGCUGGCAGUUCUCCAGUUGGACCACGCAGGCAGCCACUGCCAACCAUGGAGCAUUGGCCACACUGAUUUGCUCAUCAAAGUUCCUAAUGCUACUGUUCCUCUCAAUUUCCUAGCAUCUACAGUAAGUUGCACACGGUCGGAAAUACAAGAUUCGGGUGCGACUUUCUUUGUAAGAGGGAGUGGCAGUUCGCUUCGUGGCUUCAUCACCGAAUGGAUGACAAGCGAUGAAGUACGAGAUGGCGAUUGCUUAGAAACUGGAGAGAGUUUGGAGAAGACUUUCUUCUUGCCCGACCUUUCACCUCCCCACAUUGAGCUCUGCAGCCUAGACUCCCAACCAAAUACUCCAUACCUGGAUCUUUCAUUUCUCAUUCGCUGGUCAUACGCGGCAAGCUGCAAUAACAUUAAUAAUGUUGAUGAAGGAAUCGAGUUGUCGGUGCGCAGGAAAGGGGACCAGCUCUGGACUCCACUGGCGUUCUUUGCAAGAAACGAAAACCAACAGACUAAGUAUGGCAUUGACUUGGACUACGACACAGACAGUGACACUGUCCACAUCAGAGGGUUCAGUGUCCCUGUCACAAUCAAUGAUACAGACGUACAGCACAACAUGACGUUCAGGAUAUGCAGCGAGGCUGUUCUCGGCAGCAGAGGGGUUCAGUUCCGCUGGCUCCAGACGGCCCAGCACUUCAACGAUGGGUUCAGAGACACGUGGUCUCUGGAUGACGUUUCAGUCUCAGUGACACAUGAUUCUAGCUGUUCUGAGGUCGUCUUCUUUGAUGACUUUGAAAAUGAGGGAGAUAGUUUCACUGUCUGUAUCUUUGCUAGCUCGGUGCAAUGGACAGCCAGUAGGCGGGCGAGGAUCAACGAAGACAGUGAUAUUUGCAACGACGGCAGGAAUGGCUCUGCUGCCUGGUUUGGGGACUAUCCUCUCGUCUCCCCGGAGACCAGAAUGAUUGCCACCCGACUCAUCCGCUUAGAGCGAGACGUCGUCUGUCCUAUUUAUGUCACUGGACGAAGAACUGAUGGCCAUUUUCCUCCUGCUGUACAGUGAUGUGGAGGUGGGGAUGAGUCAGUUGGAGGACUAUUUGGACGCAGAAGCUGCAGAAACUGUCAACGAAACACAAGUGGUGUACCUCACAACUGUCAUCCUCGACAUAUUUGGUGAGGCUCCGGUCUCCAGGAACCUCAGCCAGUCAUUUGUGAAUAUUGCCGGCCAGCUGAUCAGUGCCGUCAGCUCAAGACCAGAGCCACAAGAGAGCCACCCAGUUCCUCUGACGGCAGUCAGUUACUGGAGAACUUGGACCAGUUUGCCCUCAACAACCACCAACCCUCGUCCGGCAACAUCACCUCUGACACACUGAGCCUGACAGUGAGGAGUGGGGAGGGAGAGGAGGGAGAUGUGGGUGUCAUAGACAAUGGCCCAUUCUCUCUGAGUCUCCCCAGCCAAGUCUUCAAUGGUCCCAAUUCUGAAACCACAGUAUACGCCAGCUCUUUUCUCUUUGCAAACAUGUCUGGUCUCCUUGACAACUCGUUGCCUAGUAACCAGGACAACGACUAUGUUCUGCUGGGGCCAGUCCUGUCCUCGUUUGUUCACACCAAUGGCAGACUACUCGAGAGGAGAUCCCUGAAAUCUCCUGUUAAAAUUACAUUUCCCUUCAGUACAGGCGAUGCUCCAAUUUGUGUUUUCUGGAACUUCACACUGACUGCCUGGGAUACAAGAGGCUGCGAGAGCGAACUAAACGACGAAACAAUCACUUGUUUCUGCAAUCACCUCACCCACUUUGCAGUUCUUCUCAGUCCAGGGGAUGCCACGAGCGACGAGGGAGUGAGGCUAUCGCUACAAGUCAUUGGUAUAGUGGGAGUGACUGUGUCUGUCAUUUUUCUGCUCAUCACCAUCUUUACUUUCAUCGCCUUCAGGUCUCUGUGGAGUCUGAGGAACUAUAUUCACAUUCAGCUGUGUGUGUGCCUUGUCAUUGCUCAACUGGUGUUUGUGAUUGGAGUAGAACCCCGGGGUAAUGAGGAUGCCUGUUCAGCGGUGGCAAUCCUACUCCACUAUUUCUGGCUGGUGUGCUUCAUGUGGAUGCUAAUGGAGGGAGCCGUCCUCUACGUGGCUCUGGUCAAGGUCUUUGAUACUCAACAUUUGAAAUAUGUAAUCGCCUUCACAGUCAUCAGCUACGGUGGCCCACUGGUCUACAUGUUGGUGUGCAUUCCUCUCGGUCUUGCCCUGACUGGUAGUGAUGGCAACGAUCACUAUGGUUACAGCGAGGCCUGCUGGUUGAGAUACGACACUGGCUUCAUCUGGGCCUUCACCGCCCCUGUCCUCCUCAUCAUUACGGUCUCUCUCUCUCCACACAUGAAUCUGACCGUGGCUAAUGUGUUACUCUUCCUCCUUCAUCAGAUCAAUGUGUUUUUCUUCAUCAUGGCAAUGGUGGUGAUAUGUCGACACCGCAGAUCCCAGGCUCACCUCUCUCGUCGCCGGCAGACCAUUAACUGGAUGAAGGCCUCGAUAUCUCUGGUCAUUGUGAUGGGAAUAACAUGGAUCAUGGGUGUGCUGGUUUUUACUGACGACCUGCUACCUGUCGCCUACAUCUUCACCAUCUUUGUUGCCUUCCAGGGUCUCAUCAUCUUCAUUGUGCUGGUGAUCUUCUCAAAGCAAGUCCGUCAGACGUAUACCAAGUGGUGGAAGGUGUCGGUGGUGAAUUCUGAGCUUCUUAGCAAGUACUUCAGUGACUGGUCCUGGACCACCAAGACCUCCAUGCAUUCCAAUGGAACUGUCUCUCCAACAAUGAACAAGGAGGGAACUGUGCCUGUGGUGACAGGUGCCAUGGGUCUGUCCCACAGAGGUGACACCUUCCUCCUCCACUCCAGCAAGGCUUCAGUUAGCUCCCCCCCAUCUUCCUCUAUCCACCCUCUUGCGGAGGAAUCUUCAUUCAUUGACCCCCAGCCCGAAAAUGGGACAGCCCCUGGCAAUUAGACCAGCUCUCCCCUCCAGAGCUAUGAUUUCAUCAGAACAAACUGUGUUUGUGUGUGUUUCGGCUGUUCUCUAUUCACGACAGAGCCUUUACUCAGGCAAAGCUGCGUUCUAUUAUAAUCUGAUGUCUUCUCUGUGCGAACUGCUGAAAACUAUCCAUAAGAUG